AUGGCGGAUUGUGAGGGGGGCAAAAUGGCGGCUCUAAUUCCGUGUGGGCAGAGAGCAUUACAGUGGAAUGCUAAUCAUGAAUCCAACAACUUAUUGUGCGACGAAUUGGUGUGCGAGAUACUUGUAAGACUACCCACAACAGCAGCCGUUCGAUUCCAAUCGGUUUGCAAGCUCUGGUAUUCUCUCAUCUCUUCUCCUUACUUUAUUGCCCGCUUCCGUCACCAUCAUAACCAUACAGAUAAUGAUGAUGUUCAACCAAGCAGCCUUGUUUUCCGAUACGCAUAUCCUUGUAACUGCACCCAGUGCUGCAACCAAUGCCAUUCUCGCUUCCGAAUCGUCUCUAACUCUUCUUUAUUACGAAAGGUGUACGGAGAUGAGGGUGUAUUCUGUUUAAGUUAUCUCCCAUGUUCCCCUACACAGCUUCGAUUGGAAGCCUCCUUUGCUGACUUAAUCUUAUGCUCUCGCCUUAGUUUCUUUACCAACAAAAUCAAUUAUUAUGUCUCCAAUGCGCUCACCAGACAAUGGAUUGCUCUCCCUCCAGCUGCCUAUCAUGAUGAGGCCGUCUCAAUUGGGUUUUUAUGUGUGGAGGAUACUUCUUAUCAUAACAAGUUCAUGGUGGUCAGGCUUCGUACGUUCUGUAGUGUUCAUUGUACACCUUAUUCCGGGUUUAAAGCCCAAGUCUUUUCUUCAGAGAACUGGCAAUGGAGGACUUUGGUUGUUUCAUCCCCUCUGAGCUUGAAGAGCCACGGAGAGAAAGCUCCUCUUGUCGCCUAUAGAGGGAUGCUGCAUUGGCUAAACGGUGAUUGUAUCGUGGUGUAUGAUCCACUUAAUACCCCGGAAAGAUUCUUUCGUGUCAUUGAUCUUCCAAUUCAAAUAUCCUUCAAUAUUUUUUACAGAAAUAGUUGCUUUGGAGUAAGCCAAGGUUGUCUUCGUGUAAUGAAAGUUUCGGAUGAAUUUACAAUAGAAGUAUGGGAUCUGGAGGACUAUGAGUCUGGGUUGUGGAAUUUGGUUCACAAGGUUCACCUUACAAAUCUGAUCCAUAAUGAGUUAUUUGAAAGUUUGCAGAGUGAAUUGCCUUGUUUCCAAGGACUAAGUCUUCAUCCUGAAAAUGGGGAUGUUAUUUAUUUACGGUUAUUUAAUGGGGUAGUUCUUGUCAACAUGAAAAGCAAAAUAAUAGAGCAAUUCUACCCAAUAAAUGAGGGGGCAUUGUUUUGUUGGAGGGAUGCCUUUCACCUUGUUGACCAGCCGUGGCCAACACCAGUAUCGUUAUUGCGGCACUAA